AUGUUGCUACUGUUCUGGAUGUUGGGAACGGUCACAGGAAGAAUACUCAAGAUGAAUGCGGAAUUACCAGAGAUCAUUGAUGGAUACAAUACUAUUGAAACCAUGAGUAUGCAUGAGGAGAAACCACCACUACAGUUCAACUAUGGACAAUCAAGGUCUCAUGUUAACAAUCGUGUUGUUCCGAGUAGCUUGGUUCCUUACACAGCUAGGCCUAGGCAAAUACAUAGCAAACCAUCCAGGCUGUCUCCAUAUGCUUCUGAAUUCAUGCAUCAAGGUCAUCGGUCCAACAAAAAAGUUGAUCAAAGGACUUUAAACAAACACCAACUCGAAGAUGGUUCCAACCUUAGAUAUGAAGAUUCGAGCAAUAUUUAUGGAUCGUCUGCCAUUAGAUAUGGAGCCUCAGUCGCUCAAUAUGGUUAUUUUCCAACUGUUCAGAGAGAUGUGAGUAAGGCAAAUAAUAAUUUUGGCUACGAGGACGCCAGUUACAAGGACACCAGCUACAAGGGGCCCAGCUACAAGGAGAUUGAUGCCAGCUACAAGAGGCCCAGCUACAAGGAGAUUGAUGCUAGCUACAAGAGGAGCCCGGCUACAAGGAGCCCGGCUACAAGGAGCCCGGCUACAAGGAGCCCGGCUACAAGGAGCCCAGCUACAAGGAGCCCAGCUACNAGCUACAAGGAUCCCAGCUACAAGGAUCCCAGCUACAAGGAUCCCAGCUACAAGGAUCCCAGCUACAAGGAUCCCAGCUACAAGGAUCCCAGCUACAAGGAUCCCAGCUACGAGAAGCCCAGCUACAAGGAGCCCAGCUACAAGGAGAUUGAUGCCAGCUACAAGGAGCCCAGCUACAAGGAAAUUGAUGCCAGCUACAAGGAGCCCAGCUACAAGGAAAUUGAUGCCAGCUACAAGGAGCCCAGCUACAUGGAGAUUGAUGCCAGCUACAAGGAUCCCAGCUACAAGGAGAUUGAUGCCAGCUACAAGGAGCCCAGCUACAAGGAGAUUGAUGCCAGCUACAAGGAUCCUAGCUACAAGGAGAUUGAUGCCAGCUACAAGGAGCCUAGCUACAUGGAGAAUGAUGCCAGCUACAAGGAGCCUAGCUACAUGGAUUCCAGUUACAAAGAUGCCCCAAAGCCAGAUCUUCUUUAUCGUCGGGCUGAGGCUGAUGGAUAUUAUGGAUAUGCGGCUAGAGGCCAACCUAGGUAUUCUGCUGAAUCUUCCUAUAAACCUAGUCCAAGGAAAGUUUCUCAUCCAAUGGAAGUUACUGGGUAUAAAGGAUAUGCAGCAGAUCAAGCUAGUUCUAAUUCCUUUGUCAUCAAAGAUGUUUUUGAUAACAAAGAUGUCUAUAUGAGCAAAGAUCUGAUUACUCCGAUUGAAUCUAAGACUAUGGAUUUAAUAGCAGUUGACUCUUACAAGACUUCCCGUCCAGAAGAUGCUUGUGUAGACUAUCAGUAUCAUGUUCUGUCUGCUAUUGAACUGUUGGAUGUUAAUAAUGCGACCUGUAAGGACCAGUACAGGGAUUUAAGAACAGGAGUAGCUGAUAGAACUCUGUUUGAUUAUUGUCUUGAAUCUAUCUUUGUCAAGGACGAGGUGCAGGGUAUUCUCCAGAAGGGAAGAGAUCGUAGCGGAAAGUUCUUUGGCACAAAUGGAGGGUUGAAUUUUGAUCUGAAUUUUGGAUCUUGGUUUGGCGAUGGUCACAACAACAACAAGAACAAUGGUUUGAAGGAGGAUGAAUGGUUUGACGACUGGAACAAUGACAGUUGGUGCACGCCAAGAGAGUUCUGUAGGAACUGCAGCAGGCGUGGAACUUGUUGCAAGAGGUAUUGUGACCGUCUUUACUAUGAGGGAGAUCAGGAUGACUACCCCUGCAGCAGGAGAUAUUGCGGUAAAAAUGGAUCCAGCAGCCAGUGCAG